AUUCCUCCCCCUCCCUCGCUCCCGCGCCGCCACACGACUGCGGGCACGAGCGCGAGCACGGCCAUGGCGCGCAUCGUGUCGCGCGCGCUCCCGCUCGCCUCGCGCUCGCCCCUGCGCCUCCCGCCCCCGCCGCCCCUCCCCGGCGCGGCGCUGCUACGUUCCGCGGCCGCUGCGCCGGCCCUACCCCCCGCGGCCUCGCUGCUCUCCUGGCGCGGGCUCACGGCCACCCACGAGCCCUCGCUAGCGGCGACGCCGCCGUUCGCGGGGUUUCUCGCUGGAAUCCGCGGGUUGCGCAAGUUGCGGCGCGGACAGGCGGCGGCGAAACGGCCGCAGCCUCAGGAUUUCGCGCCGCCGCCUCCCCCUCCACCGCCGAAGGAGAGCGAGAUCGAGCUCAUCGCCCGCAUCGGCGUCGAGGAGGACAUGCCCGACGACGCAGAAGUUCUGAAUAUUGUAGAAAUCCUAAAGUUAAAUGUUCCGAUGGUGAUGAAAAUUGCGCUUGAUGGACUUGUGGAUUCAAACUACAGCACGCGAGAUACUUCAAUAAGUGAUGUUGGAAAGUAUGAUAAGGUUGAGGUUUCUGUACUGCUAUGCAAUGAUAACUUCAUUCGGAAUCUUAGCAAAGAAUGGAGAGGCGAGGACUGCACUACUGAUAUGCUCUCCAUGUCACAGUACAUUCCAGAUCUUGAUGUUCCCAUUCUAAUGUUAGGUGACAUAGUUAUAUCUGUUGAGACUGCUGCAAGGCAAGCUGAGGAGAAAGGUGUUACGCUUCUUGAUGAAGUGCGGUUGCUAGUGGUUCGUGGAAUAUUACAUCUUCUUGGUUUUCAUCAUGAGACAAGCAAUGAAGCUGCCAUGGAAUUGGAGAAGGAGGAGCAACUCAUUUUAAAGAGUCUACGAUGGAAAGGAAAAGGUCUAGCUAAGGGUUCUCAGGAUCCAAGCAAGCUUCAAACAGAUUCAUUUGAUGGGCAAGUGACAAAUAGUCAAAAGAGAGCUGUCACCCUAAGAUUUUACAGACCAAAGUUCAAAUAUAUUUUUUGCGAUAUGGAUGGUACACUGCUCAACAGUAAAAGCCAAGUUACAGCAAGGAAUGCAGAAGCUCUAAGGGAAGCUAGGUCAAGAGGAGUAAACAUAGUUAUUGCUACAGGAAAGGCACGUCCUGCUGUAAUUGAUGUUCUUAGUAUGGCAGACUUAUCUGGAAGAACUGGCAUUGUCUCAGAAUCGUCGCCUGGUGUAUUCCUUCAGGGGCUGUUGGUUUAUGGGUUGGAAGGGAGACAGAUUUAUAAAAGAAAUUUGGAUCAAGAAGUAUGCAGAGAGGCACUCUUAUAUUCUUUGGAGCACAGGAUACCAUUAGUAGCAUUUAGCCAGGAUCAUUGUUUUUCUUUGUUUGAACACCCAUUGGUUGAUUCUCUCCAUUAUGUAUACCAUGAACCGAAGGCUAAAAUAGUGCCAUCUAUUGACAACCUUUUAGAAACAGCUGAUAUACAGAAAGUAUUGUUCCUUGAAACUCCUGAGGGAAUUUCAUCUGCAUUGAGACCAUACUGGGCAAAGGCGAUGGAGGGAAGGGCACAUGUCGUUCAGGCACAACCUGACAUGCUUGAACUUGUGCCACCUGCAACUUCGAAGGGCAAUGGUGUGCAGAUUCUGCUGAACCACCUUUCCAUUAGUCCAGAUGAGGUAAUGGCCAUUGGAGAUGGAGAAAAUGACAUUGAAAUGCUGCAACUAGCUUCCUUGGGUGUUGCUCUUGCAAAUGGAUCUGAGAAGACUAAGGCAGUGGCAAAUGUGAUUGGCGCCACUAAUGAUGAAGACGGAGUUGCACAGGCUAUUUAUGAAUAUGCCUUCUAACUAGCCAUGAAGUCACUUGGGGCUGGAACUCGAUUAAUUUCAGCUCUUUUGAUUCUCUAUUUUUCCUGGAUUCAUCACAGAACAAGACAAGUAGUUCCAAUUACACACUAUUCUGGAGUGUGAUCCCACUCUGGGGUUAGAAUUUUUGAAUUGUUAGCUGUAAGACAUUUUUUUUUUGUUGGCAGGCAUUGAAAUCCAGCUCUGCCUUCUCUUUCCAAAAUUCAGAAAAGAAUAAGGAACUCAGGUCCGCCUACUAUUGAUUGGAAUAUACAACCGGAAUUGCUAUUUGUCUCAAA